CACCACUUUAACACCAAACAUGGACUUUGUGCAUAAUCCCAUGAAUGUGGGAUUUUGAUCCAAAAUCCAUGAUGAAAAUCCUACAAGCAAACGAACUCUUAGUUCUUACUUCCUACCUACUACUAAUGGUCACAAUUUUUACAAUCCUCUUGCUAAAACACAAUCAAUCCAUCUUCCUUAUUAUUCCGUACUCAAACAUCUUUAAAAAAUCGAGCAAGCUAGAACUUCGUAGAGCGCCACAUUUCCAAGACUGUAAUUCUGUAACGAUGAAUCAUGAUAAAGCGGUAGGAUGGGGCAAGUCAGAAGCAAUACUCAUGCCUCGCUCUGCGCUAUUGUUGGUCGGGUUACGCGCGAGUCAGAUCAGAAGUUGGCAUCCCUACCACUGUCCACCAACCUUUUAUUACAUGGUUGAACCACUAUUUCAUCAUAAAGUACCUUAUCGCUCAUUCUUAUCAUACAAUCUCGAGCACGGUUUUACCACCCCUUAGACCUUUUAGAGAAUUUUCCCAAAUCUAACUUUGAUUGGAAUAUUAUUAUGCGAUAAAAGUAUCAACAACAACAUGGGACUCAAAACAUAGGCAAAAGUAUCUAAUUUACCACCCUCACACGGGUGAAUUGCAAGUUUGGUCACUCAUAUUACCUAUUUACUACACGUUAGCCAUCCGAAUCACUUUCCUUUCAAUUUGACCAUUGAUACUACACAUUUAUGUCAUUCUUGGUCACUCGCCGUCUAUUUCCGUUAACUCCGUCCUAGAUGGCGGUCAACAUUUAUGUUUGACAGUUAAAAAGCUGAUGUGUCAGUAAAAAAUAAAUAAAACAUAAACAAUAAUUAUUUUUAUUUCCAGAUCAUACUAAAAUUUAAUAAAAAUAUAUUUAAAUAAAAAAUUAAUUUCAUAAAAGUCCACUAUCUCUCUUUCUCCCCUCACGAAAAACCCCCAACCCUUCUUCCCAAGGCAAUCCGCCGCUCUAAAAUCUCCGAUGGAAAUGCAGCGAACGAAGCAGAAGAAACCCACAACUCUCCUCCUCCCCUGCGCUCUCUCUUCUCCGACGAACAAACCCACAGACCUAGCAACUUUAGCCUCCGACAAGCUCCUCCCAUACGCUCUCUCCUCCGCCGCUUCCCUUACUGCCACCGCGAUCUCCUCUUCGUCGAUCAGUCGCAAGCAAUCCGACGCCUUCAAUCUCCAGCCAUCGCUCGCCGCCUGGUGAGCAACCGGAGAAGAUCCGCCGCUCGAUUUGUGAUUCAGGAGUGAAGACAGGCGCUAGGGGAGGAGCACAUUUUAUAAUGAAAUCCUUUUCCCUAGAGAGACCCAAAAAAUUUUUGACCCUGCAACUCCAAUUGAUUCAACAUCAGGAGAGAAGCCGCCAUGACCUCAAGUAAUUCGGCGCCAACCACGGCGGCGGAUUGCUGAGAGAAUGGCAGCGGCAACUGCUGUUGAUGAAGAGACCGUGAUGCUCCCCGACGAUCUAGAAGUAGCAAUCGUCGGAAGCAGGGUCAAGAGAUCGUCGCCUCUACUUCCCCGUUGGUGGAACGCAUGACCAGAACAGAAAUAAGAAAGAGGAAGAGGAAGAAACAGAGGAGAUGGCGGCGAAGUGCGAGCGCCGACGGAAAGGGGAAGGCCAUGCCGGUAGGCUGUCUUUUCUUUGGAGGUCACUCGCUUUAUUAAUAUGUAUAUUAGUUACUAGCUUUCUUCCCGGCCGAUGGCCGGGGCAACUUUUAUUUUUAUCAUAAAUUAAUUUAAAUUUUUUUAAUGUAAUUAUUUUAAUUAUAAAUUUGUGUUUCUAGUAUGAAAAUCACUUUAAAUUCAUCAAAUUAUUUUUCCAAUAUCAAUUUCAUCAUAAAGUGAAAAGAUAAAAAAUAUUUUAAAAUUUAAUACUUAUGAAAAUACUAAUAUUAUAGUAACCUUGUUAUUAAUAUCAUCAAUUAUUUUAUAAGAAUUGUGAUUAAUGUAGUAAAAUUGAGAAAAGAGAUGUUAGAACUAAGGAGCGGCUUAUCGUUGGAUUCAUUCAUUUAAUCUUGCCAAAUAUCAAUUCGGUUCAUUUUGUAAUAUUUAUAAUUAUAAUAUUAAUACGAUUAAGAAUGCGACCACAAUAUGUUCCAUCCGGUACAAUCUGGUAAUUGUCCUGUGUUGUACAAUACAGACCAAACCAUUGC